AUGAGGCAGUGCUCUACGAUAAUCGCUUUAAUCGGAGACCAAACUAUCACGCAGCGUCAGAGUUUAAAUCACGAAUCAACUUCAGUUCCUUUUCACGGGUUUGGUUCCGACUCGGCUAGGCAAGAUUACGUACUACCGCUACUUUUUUAUAAUGCUGGUUCUGAUUCAGCUAGAAAUUACGCGGUGAAAGAGGGCGAACCGACCUCAGACCUCAUUUAUUCCGAUUUUGAGAUGCAACAGUACAAAACAUUUUUAGAGCUUUUUUCUGGCGUUGGUUCCGAUCCAGCUGUAAAUUACGUGAUGCAAGAGCACGAAUCAACUUUAGAUCCCGAUUUGGCGAAUCAACAUCAAAUCUUCUGGAAUAGCUUUCACGAAUCUAAAGAUUCAUGA